GGGAUGGUUCCAAUAAAGAUGGAGGAUAAUGUUGCAAUUGGAUAAACUCGCCUUGUCUGCACUUACUCCACCUCUCUAUCCUCCAACAAGCAAGCAAUUAUGUCACGCAAUCAAUUGAGACACUACAACAAUUAUUCCUAUACAUAAUGGAAUCUGAAAUCAGCCUCUCCAAUUUAUUAAUCCAUCAUGAUCCUGCUAAACCGAUCAAGAACUACUCCUCGUUUUCUUACAACAACACUAGCUUAUGUUUCACUGAAGAACCAGUGCUGUCAUGGAAUAUUACCCUUUUCUACUAUUUCUAAUUUCCCCUUAAAUUUCCCUAGUUCUAGUUCAGAGAAGCUGGUGAAAGUUAAUGAUAGAGAGUCAGGGUUGAUCUCUUUCCCUAAAAAUCGUGCAGCUGUGAGAUUAGAUGCUUCAAUUAGUUCACUCGGACAUGUUCAACAAUUAACAAGUGAAGAACUAGUACAGAAUCAGACCAAGAGUGAGGGUGGAGUGGACUUGUUUGAUGAGAUGAAAAAGAGGUUUUUAAACUUCAAGAAGCACACAUAUUUAAAAGAACCGGAGCAUUUCAGAAAUCUUGCCGAGGUUCAAUCUCCAAAGUUUAUGGUGAUUGCUUGUGUAGACUCUAGAGUUUGCCCAUCAAAUGUUCUUGGAUUUGAACCUGGAGAAGCUUUUAUGAUUCGAAACGUCGCUAACAUUGUUCCUCCAAUUGAGAAUGGACCAACUGAAACAAAUGCUGCUCUUGAAUUUGCUGUUAAUACUCUUGAAGUUGAAAAUAUAUUUGUUAUUGGGCAUAGUAAUUGUGCAGGAAUUCAAGCUCUCAUGAGCAUGCCAGAUGAUAAUAACUCCAGCUUUGUGGAGAAGUGGGUUGCUACAGCUAAAGUUGUGAAGCUAAUAGCAAAAACUGAUGCAAGAGGCCUUAGCUUUGACCAGCAAUGCCAACACUGUGAGAAGGAAUCUAUAAACCAUUCAUUGCUGAACUUGCUAACAUAUCCAUGGAUUGAAGAAAGGGUGAGGAAAAACAUGGUAUCGAUUCAUGGUGGCUACUAUGAUUUCUCGAAUUGUUCAUUUGAAAAAUGGACUCUUGAUUUCAACAGUCUUCGACAAGGCCACAAAUUAUCAGUGAAAGACGUAGAAUUGUGGGGUUAACUGAAAUUUAUUUUUAUCUUUCUAAUACUUAACAAACUUUACAAUCUGUAAUGUUAAAAAAAAACUGUAUAAUCUGUAUAGUGCCUUAACAAGUUGUAUAAAUAAUUGAUUUCAGAUAAAGAGAAUGUUUAUAUGCAUCCUAAA